UCGUGUGGAUUGAGUAUUAGGGAUCGAGAAUGACGAUGAACUCGCUUCCAAAGAGGUUCGGGAGAGAUCAAGGAUACCUAGAUCGAGACCUUCGUAGAAGGAGGAGAUCCGGUUCAGAAUCCGACGAAGAGUUGAAGGGGCUAAGCCACGAGGAGUAUAGGAGGCUUAAACGCCUCAAGAUGAGGAAAUCUGGUAAGUACUGCAUUUGGGAGAACACACCGAGUCCGCCUAGAGAUCCCUACGAGGUGGAGUCCGAUGAGAACGCCGACGAGGUUCCGGAGAAGGAUGUUGAUGAUCAGAAACUGAAAGGUGAAUCUGAGUCUGGUAAGUCGGAAUCUGAAUCUGAUAGAUCUAGGAAGAAGAGAAAGAGUAAGAACUCUAGGAGUAAGCGUAGGCGAUAUAGCGAUAGCGAAUCUGAAGAGAGUGAGAGUGAUGAUUCGGAUGAGGAAGAUAGGAGGAGGAGGAAGAAGAAGAAGAGGAGAGGGCAUAGGAGGAAGAGGAGAUACAGUGAUGAUGAAUCUGAGAUUAGUGCUUCUUCGUCUUGUGGGGAAGAACGCAGCAAAUCAAAGAGCAAGAACACUGAUUCGAAUGGGAAACUAGGAGAAGCUGUGAAGGAGCCUGCGCUUGACGAAGAGGAGAUGAAGAUGAUUAUUGAAUCGAAGAAGAAAGCUUCAGCUCCCGAAGAGGAAGAAGAAGCUGAGGUGGGACCAAUGCCGUUACCUAAAGCUGAAGGACACAUCAGUUACGGUGGUGCUUUACGACCUGGUGAAGGAGACGCUAUAGCACAGUACGUUCAGCAAGGGAAACGUAUCCCACGUAGAGGAGAAGUGGGUCUUAACGCUGAUGAGAUUCAGAGGUUUGAGGAUCUUGGGUAUGUCAUGAGUGGGAGUAGGCAUCAAAGGAUGAAUGCUAUCCGUAUCAGGAAGGAGAACCAGGUUUACAGUGCUGAAGAUAAACGGGCGUUGGCCAUGUUUAACUAUGAGGAGAAGGCUAAGCGCGAGGCUAAGGUGAUGUCUGAUUUGUCCAGGCUUGUGCAGCGCCAUAUGGGAGAAGAGUUGGGUCCGAAUCAUGAUCCUUUUGGUGCUGGGAAGACUGAUGGAGCUGAUGAUUGAUUUACUUUGCUUCAUUCUGCUACUUAUCUUAUGCCUUCGUUUUUGUAGUCUGUUCCUUAUCGUUUGUUUGCUGAGGAGUUUCAUAGUAUAUUGCGUUUAGUUUACUAUGUCCAUCACAUUAUUGCGUUUGUGCUUAAAGAUGAAAGAUU